AUGUCUUUCGCAUCCAAGCAGUGCCCCAGUGCUAAGAUCGGGGCUGGCGCCGUGCCCCACUCAUUCCCUCAUUCCCUGCUAAAGGCCGCCCAGAAGAACCCUCCAAGCGGCAAAGUCGGCGCGGUACUCGCGGGUCUGUGGAAAGACCUCCCUGAGGCUGCACAGAAAGCCUUCCAGGAGGUCGGGUACAGCCCACCUCGGCCGAAAGGGCCACCGCCCCCUCCGCCGGGAUUGGACCUUCACUCCGUUCUUAAAAGUAGGAUGACUGAGAAGGAGUACAACGCUGCCAGGGCCGUGGUCUACGCGGGGGCAGGGCUCCACGUCCAGACCCUUUUGGAGGCCGCGGGAAUCCCCCCUCCACCAGAUGAGGACCUCGACCAGCCAGAACCCACGCCCCAGGAGAAGCUGACAAGGUGUGUCAGCGACUUCAAGAAGGCCACCAACCAGAUGAAGAAUCUGGUAGAGAAAAAGGCCAAGCUCCAGGCUCGAGCGGACAAGCUCAAGCAGGAACUGGAAAAGCUUAUUGGGGACGUGGACCAGGUGGAUAAGGACAUGCCUUGCCGGGCUUGCCCGGCGGCGCUGUUUAGAGUAAACGUUUUGGGUGGGCGGGGACUCGGAUGGCCCGCUUUAGUGCCACCAUACCGCAACCGCCUUGAAGAGUGGUUUAGCACGCCUGAGAAAUUGUAUGCAUCAUUCGACACGAGGGAAGAGCUUGUAUCAUCGCUUAGGGCUUGCGAUAACACGCUUCUUGAAAGUAGCCUGCAGUUGAUUGCGGAUGCACUUCUUGAAUGGCAUGCAGACAAUGCCCGCACAGUUGCGAGUGGGCGCAGGGAAGCAAGGAGGCGCUUGACAGAGUGCUUGCCCAGUGUCCCGGGAACUGGCCUUAGCUUGCAUGAGCAUUACAAUCAGAUCGCACUUCAGAGUCCACUUGCGUUGCUUCCGGUUCUUCGCAAGCGGAAGUUAGCUACUGAUAGGGUCGUAGAUCGCGGUGCCAGGGCCACUGAAGAGAUACGACUUCGGCAGGAGUAUGCAUUGCGUCUUGCAGCCAUCAUGCAGGAGGCGCAACUGCCGGUGUGCAAGGUGCUUGCAGGGGUCAGCAAUGCCGAGGAAGCCUGGCCACGGCUGUUCGGGACCCGUCGAUCCAAGACAUUGAGGAAUCGCUUUAGGGCUUGGGAUAAGUUUCGGGAAUGGUUGCUUUAUAGCCGUGGCAGAAGUUAUCCGGAAGGGGUAGCUGAUGUGCUAGAUUAUGCCAAUGAACGAUUCCAGGAAGGAUGUGGAAAGACAGUUCUCGAAAGCCUGCAAGCCUCUCUCAGUGUAAUUGAAGGUGUAGGGCGCGUGCCGUCCACGCAGCAGAUAUCUCAGGAUCCCACAUGGCAGGCGCAGCUCAAAAGUUACACAGCCGAUUUGGUUUCGGCGGCACCGCCGGAGCAGCCAGCCAGCAUGCUCACCGUUGCUAUCAUCCUCGCAUGUGAGAUCUUCGUUUGCACGCCUGGGGAGCCUAGUUACUUGAGAGCAUUGGGCUUUGUUUGCUUAUUGAUGGUUUGGGGAUCGCUUCGGGCUGAUGAUGUUCAGGGGCUCCUGCCGCAGACCAUGCUUCUGGACGAGCGAGGGCUUAGCAUUGAUCUCGCGCGGUCCAAGACUACAGGGCCCGACAAAAGGACCCACACCGUCAAGGUCUUCGUGGAACGGAGUAUCUCUCUGACAGGGCAUGAUUGGCUGAAGGUCGGAUAUGCACUUUGGAAGGAUUUCGAUUUUGAGAGGGAUUAUUUGGUUUUGAAGGCCAAUGAAGGUUUCACGGAACCCCUUGAGAAGUCGGUGCCUUCCUCCACGGUGGCCCUUUACUUCCGCAAAGUUCUCAGUGAGUUGAAGACGCCCAAGCGUGAGGGGCGCACCUGGAAGGCCAAUGAUCAGCGUCCGCUGCUCCCAGGAUACACUUCCAGUCAUUUUACGGGCCAUUCUGCGAGGAACUUCCUUAGCUCGGUCGGAGCGGCCAUCGAUGUCGACCCCAGGGAGCUUGAUUAUCUGGGUCGCUGGAAGGUAGGUGGCGAAGGUUCUGCAACCUACAUUCGCACUUCUAGGCAGGUUGUGCAUCGUCUCCAGAGUCACAUUGCUUGUUCUCUUGUCACCGGACAGCCUAAGCAUUACAUCGAGGUGGAUUCCAUCAAGGCUUUGACGGACUAUGCAGCUAAGGCGGGGGAGAGCGAAUCUCAGGUUCGUCGCCGUCACACCCUCCUCGAGGGAUCCAAAGGCUUGGGCGGAUCGUGGCCAACUCUGGCAUUGGAAGUGGGUGUUGCGGCACCACCUUCUCCAGUCGAGCAGGUCUCGAUGCCAGGCAGCCGGGGGGAUUACUUCAUCGUUACCUCUCGCACUACAGGCCUGAGGCGUUUGCACAUGUUGGGUUGCUAUGUCAAGCCUGAGAAUUGUUACGAUGUAAAAUUUGUCAAUCAUGUCGGCGCGGAGGACGUCGAUAACAUUUGCAAAGAUUGCAAAGCAAGAAUGAAGGCUCAGGCCGGAGAGGAGGAAUCAGACCCCUCCAGCAGUGACAGUGGGAGGAAGUCUCACUCGGCGCAGGCCGUGAGGUGCCGACGGAUUCCGCAUCCUGUCACAGGCCUCAGGGCGACGGGUGGACACAUCGCAGUGCAGCUAAAGGCCUCAGGGCGGCUAGCAAUCCAAGUCCUACAGGGCCACAGGCGAUUCCAGGCAAUCGCCGAUUCCCGGCCGGAAGCUCGGGCUGCUGGGAAGGCGGACUUUGGUUUUGAUGAUGGGGCUGCUGAUGGGCGACAACAAAUCGCAGGGGUCGUCGCUGCAUGGGAACUUGCGCGCGACGUAAUCAGCAAAGAGACGGAAACGCGAGCAGAGGCGAAAGUGUUAGGCCAGCCGCGAAUCUUGCAAGUCACAGAGAGGCAAGCAAUGCUCAAGGCGGUAGCGGCCGUUCACAGGCAGCUGGGAGAGUCGGAGACUCCAUCGUCUGAGUACCUCGCUCUCAAGUGCGAGGAGUGCGAAGCCAAUGAGCCUCAGGCUUCAACCUUGGAUGCCAUAACUUCGAAGAAGAACACGCUCACCACGAGCAUCCAGUCCAGCCUUGACGCUUCGGGGCGAAUUCAUAUUACUCAGCACAAAUCCAAGAGUGAGCUCCCGACUACUACAGAAGCUUAUCGCAAGGUCCUUCGCGUGGAAGCUUUCACAUGGCUAUGCAUGGCAUCCCGCUUUAAAUCCAAGCAGUGGCUUCAGGAUCUCAAGCUGUCUGACUUCGACCACUUCGUGAACUACAUCCUUGGCGAAAAGGUCGCUCAGCUCUCAGUGCCUACGUCUCAUCAGCCAGCAGAUGAGACCUACUUCACGACGCCGCUCGCCUUGUCCAUCAUUGAGCGACCACGCAAGUGGCACAAAGGCAAGGGCAAGGGUGAUGUGGGCUCUUACCUUCAGUCGUUGGGCAAUGUCACUAACCUUCUUCAGUUCGAUCUUCAGCGCUCCACGGAGCAUGACUUGACUAAGGAAGGCUUGUGGCAGCACAUCUUUCAAUUGCUUGGCGAAGGGGAUUGGAUCCUCAUUGUGGAGCAGGCUAAUUAUUUUCUUGAUCAGACCGUGACGGCAUGUCAACUUGCAUGGCAGUAUGUCCUGGAGCACCCGGAGGAUCUCGGCGCGACGCCGGAUCACGAGUUACCGGCUUCCAUUUGGCAACUACCAGCUCUGCGUGAGCUCCAGGUUUCCACUCAGGCCAUCACUUUUGCAUUCUUUCAAUGCAGCUUUGAGGCUCCCACUUCCAAACCUACCCGCCUUCUCACUAAUCUACAGGCCUUUGUCGAGCAGCCUCCGCCUUUUGCUUCAUGGCCACGCUUCGACUCCAGCGAUCGCUACGUGGGGCCGUUGCCGCCACGCUGCCCGCACGGGAAACACGACAAAGUACUUGCAGGCCGAGAAGGCUCCCGCUGGGCGACCGAGUCAUCAGCAGCCUAUCCUCCUCUGUUGUGUGAGUGGCUUGCGCAUGCUGUGCUUGCUUCCGCUUCGCAGGGGGGACUUGGGUCAGCGCCGCACAGCUCCGUUCCAGGUGAGGCAGGUCCAAUGCAGGAAUCCCACGAGGCGACGCAGGAGGUGCAUGAGGAUUUGUGUGAAGUGCCGCAGGGGCUGCAUCAGGUGGUUUCCGAUAGGGUAGAGGCGGUUACAGAUAGGGUAGAGGCGGUUGGCUUGAUCGAGUCGGAAGCACCUCCUUCCACUUUGUUGCCGUCGCCAGACUCUUCGGGGUCCGCGUGCAAAGGCUUCCCGGCUUCCACUGAAGCAUUGGCAUCCUUCGUGCGUAGCAACAUGCCCGGGCACCCCUUUACCACGAUUAGCCUUUACCUUAACACUGGCACCAAGCCCCACAAGGACUCCAGGAACGCACCUUUGCCCAAUGGGAUAAUAGGGGUUACUGACUUCGUAGGAGGAGAGAUCUGGGUCGAGGCCCAGGAUGGGGAGUCUGUUCAGAUUGUUGACGGUAAGCGCUUAAGUGGUCACCUUCUUCCGAUCAGUGAGACACCCACCUACAUACAUGCUUACCGCGAUCUUCACCUCACAAUGCCCUGGAAAGGUAAGAGAUUAGUCAUCAUAGCUUUCAGUGUAUCGGAGCAUACUCAGGCAUGCGAUGAGGAUCUCGCGUUUCUUCGCGGGCAUGGUUUCGUCCUUCCGGGCGAAGAGCACACUGUUGAUCUUGAGGCGGUCCAGUCAGAUGAUUCGGAGGUGCUGGAGGGGGGCGAGGUCGAAAGACCGGAGCCCUUCAAGCAUCAGGAGUGCCACAACAUCGGGCUGCCUUUGAACCUCGAGUGGGAUGGCAAAACUCAGCCGAUCACGGAUGGCUUUGGACUCUGCUCACCCACUAGAUGGCCUCCGGAAGCCAGGGGGGGCCUGCUGCCCAAGCAGGCUUUGGAGUUCGCCACUGCCAUGCAUCAAGUGCUUCGAGACUUUGUAGCGGACGUUGUGCCUGAUAUCAGGCGCACGGCGAUGGAGCUUGCGCUAGGUCGCCGCAGCAAGAUCGGUCAAGAGAGCAGGCGAGCAGGCGUGGCCUUCCGCACUGAUGCAAAGUGCGCGGACGGGUACGUGGUCCUUGGGGGUUGGGAUUGCGCAGGCACAACUCAGGAGUCCAGAUGGUUCUCACUUCGACUUACUCCCUCAGAGGCCCCUUACCUCUUUGACUCAGAAGGUCACAGUCAGUGGGCUUCGGCAUCGGCUGAAUUGCUGGCCACGCUGGCCGCACUGCACAUCUUCGGUCACCUUGAAGCCGGGCCAACUAGGCGUUUGAUGAAGGUUGAGGUUUUAGCUCAGACGGAUAAUAAGUCUAACGAGGGCUUGACUCGCAAGGGUUCUACAACGCGCUGGCCCUUGCUCAUGGUGAACAUGCAGCUCACCCAUGUUCUCAUGAAGGCCGGCUUGCGGUUGAACUUGGGAUGGCGUCCACGGGACGAAAAUCAGGAGGCCGAUGAUUUAACCAACGAAAUCUUCGACCGUUUCUCUGAGGAGUUGCGGGUCCCAGUGCAGUACUCCGAAUUGCCGCUUUCCUUUCUUCACACUCUUUACGAAGCCAGGCGUGCACAGCUGAGCAGCCGUGAAGUGGAUUCCAUCCGCGACACGGUCGGUGGCAGGCCACGCUUCAGAGGCAAGAGAAAGAGAGAGAAGUCUCCUUGGUGA